CUCACUGUCCCUCUUUCUCUCCGAGAUUCAGAUUUCUCCCCCAGAGAGUUAGAGACUCCGAUUCUUUCUAUCGCAGAGAUUCUAAUGCAACCCAGAUUUAGAUAUUCAUACACCAACAUGGAGUCCCUUCCUGAUGCGCUUCUUCAAUACAUUCUUUCCAACCUCACCGAAGCAAGGGAUGUCGCUGCUUGCAACUGCGUCUCCAAGCGAUGGAAAGAGUCUACUGACUCUGUUAAGAGCAUUAAAUUCCCCAGAAACUCAUUCGAUAGCAUCUCGGAGAUUGCUGAUUCCGACACCAUAGUUCUCAAGAUGAUCUCGUCUUUUCGUCGUCUUGAGGAGCUUGUGGUGUACAGCCCGUUCUCUAGCACAGGCCUAGCUUCUUGGAUGAUUCAUGUGGGUCAAUCUCUUAGGCUUUUGGAGCUGAGAAUGGAUAACCUCACUAGUGAUGCUCAAGAGGGUCCUUUGAAGCUUGACUGCAUUGGCUCAGCCAAAAAUCUGGACACUUUGAAGCUUUGGGGUGUUUUGAUGAUGAGUCCUCCGAAGUGGGAUAUGUUCCCAAACCUUCGUAGCCUUGAAAUAGUUGGAGCAAGAUUGGACGAUUCCACGUUGUGUCAGGCUCUACGUGCAUGCCCGAACCUGACUAACUUUCUUCUACUAGCUUGCGAAGGUGUUAAAUCCAUAUCGAUCGAUCUACCAUACUUGGAGCACUGUAAGCUGGAUUUCUUUGGAGUAGGUAACAGCUUGCUGUCCCUCACGAGUCCGAGAAUAGUGUCACUUGACGUUCAAGGCUGUAGCUGGAUCAGUGUCCCUGAGACCAGAUUCUUAAAGAACCUAUCCAUCGCUAAUACUGCUGGGAGAGUUUACAUGGUAGAUUUCCGUAACCUUUCAUCGCUUGAGGCUUUGUCAAUUCGAGGCGUACAAUGGUGUUGGGAUGCGAUAUCCAUAAUGCUGCAUCAAGCAAGAGACGUGAAGCAUCUCUUUAUGAAGGUCGAAUUCACAGGCAAUGAGGCCCUUCAACCUUUCCCUGAGAUUGAUUUUGUAGAGUUCUUCAAUAACCAUCCCAAGCUUCAAAAAUUUGACAUCCAUGGAGCAAUGUUCGCUGCACUUUGCCAGAAAAACAGCCUAAAGAAGCUUGAGACAGGAUUUGCAAUACCGUGUCUGGAGGAAGUUGUUAUCACAGUGAGAUCUCCGUUGAACGCAGAACAGAAGAUGAACACGCUUGAGUCGCUUGUGAAAUACGCGAAAGGUCUGAAACGAAUGGUGAUAAGGGUCCUUCGGAUGAAGAGCAGCCACAGCAGUGCAGAUGAUUUCUGUGAUGAUAUCUGCAAGUUCAAGCACAUGAACAACCAUCUUGUUCUAAUAGAAUGAAAUUCAUUCUUUUUUUGGCUGCUAAUCAUAGUUUCGGCCAUUAAUUUCUGUUUCUCAAUUCUGUUAGCUGAGCAUUUCUGGUUAGAACUCUCGAGUAAUUUUUGUUU